ACAGCCAUGUCGUGGACACACUCCCCUGACUCCCAUAUCCCGGAGCAACAAUAUUACUCCUCGAUGGAUAUUCAUCCUUCACCACCCAAGCCGAUUAAUGCUUUAUCGCCUUCUGCAUCCGCCGCCCGAGAACCGAAACUCCAGCUCCCCUCUACAACCGAUCCCCCAGGGCCUCAGAACCCGCCUAAGCAGCUCGUAUGGCUGAUUUUUGGCGCCACAGGCCAUAUGGGCCGUUCACUCGUCAAAACCGCCCUAUGUCGCAAUGACCUCGUCGCAGCGGUCGGCCGCACAUUCGAGAACAGCCCCGAAUCAAUGAAGAAGCUGGAAGAGGAGCACGAGAAUUGCCUGGGGCUGCUAUGCGAUGUUCGCGCGCGCGAAACAGUCAAGAAGGUCAUCGACCAGACGAUCGAGCGGUUCGGGCGCAUCGACAUUGUCGCCAACUGCGCCGGGUACGGCGUGAUCGGCGCGUGCGAGGACCAGGACGAGUACGAGAUCCGCGACCAGUUCGAGACGAAUUUCACCGGCACCCUGAACAUGAUCCAGUUGUCGCUGCCGCAUUUCCGCGAGCGUCGGUCCGGCCGGUAUCUGAUCUUCAGCUCGACGUCGGGCGCGCUGGGCGUGCCGGGGUUGGGGCCGUACUGUGCGUCCAAGUACGCGGUGGAGGGUCUGAUGGAGAGCAUGCUCUACGAGGUGGAUAGUUUCAAUAUCAAGGGGACGCUCGUGGAGCCGGGGCAUAUGCGCCGCGACGACGUGGGCGAUCUGGUCUCGCACACCGCUGCCAUGCCCAGUAACGAGCACAACCUCGCGUCGCCGCUGCCGCUGUACGGCCAUUUCUUUGUCAAGCAGCCCAGCGAGCCAUAUAAUACGCCCACGGCGCCCGCGGCGCAUGCAAGGCGCAUGCUGAUGUGGCUGGGCGAUAAGCAGCCUGCCAGUGCGGUCAAGGCGGCCCAUCUAGUUUGGCAGCUGGGCCAUUGCUCCUAUCCUCCUCUGAGAUUGAUCCUGGGGACCUACGCGGUCGAGAGCAUCCGCGACAGACUCAAAUGCAUCAUCGAGGAGAUCGAGGACUGGAAGUACCUCAGCUUCCCUGUGGGCGAUCAACCGGGCUCCUCUACUGGGAAAGACAAGCCGUCAACGGAGAGCAGGGACAAACAGGAUCGAGAAAUGGCCACCUGAUCUAGCGUGGCUUUUAUCCUUGACUAUCGCAUAGCUAUCUCAUAUUCAUUGGACCGUGGGUCCUUCGCUACUCCUUAGGCGAGAAUAAGGCAGGAUGCGAAUCAGCUCCAUCGUGAGAACAUCCGAUUGAGCGACUGUGAGUCCGUCUGGGCCACUGUAAGGCGGCUUUUCACACCCCCUCCCUUGAAGGGCUUACUGGCGGGUUUAUUAUGAUCCCCUUGGUCUCUGCGGAAAACUUUGCCGCUUGAGAACAUCUGAGAUCCCCGUAUAUACAUAUGCACGUUGCGUUCCAUCCAAUGUAACGCGUGCUGGAGACUUCUCGUUAUGGAUACUGAUCUCAGGAGAGUUUUAAGGUUCGCGGAAGACGUGGAAUAGAUGAUGUCUAUAUAUAUAUAUUCAUUUCUAGAGUGCCGCAUGUACAAUGUGGACUCGAUGUAUAU